UUAAUUUAUUUAUUUUUGUUUAAUUUAUUGCUUUUCUUGUUUAGUUUGUCUACUUACACAUUAGUUUGUUGCAACUUAGAGAUCUUUUAUAUAAAAAUGGCUCGCUAUUUCAAAGAACAGGAUAUUGAUGAGUUCCGUGAGUGUUUUUAUCUUUUUGCGCGUUCGGGUCAAAUUAACAACUUGGACGAACUAACUGUUAUCAUGCGCUCUCUUGGUCUAUCGCCAACCAUUCAAGAACUGGUUUCGUAUCUUAAGCAGAAGAAUGGUAAAAUGAGUUUUGCCGACUUCUUGGACAUUAUGCAUCAGCAUUCAAAGGUAGAAAGUCUUCCGGAUGAGGUGAUAGCCGCAUUUAAGGCCGCUGAUCCUCAUAACAAGGGCACCAUAUCGGCCAGGCAAUUGAGGAACUUGCUUCAGAAUUGGGGCGAGGGCUUGUCCAUGCGGGAAGUUGAUAAUAUUUUCCGUGAGGCCAAUGUAAACAACAAUAGUACAGUGCGUUAUGCUGAUUUUGUCAAGAUCGCCUGUGCUCCAGUGCCUGACUACUACUAAUUAUAAAUUUCAUUCCAAAAAAAAGAAAUUUCCCUUAAAUAGUGCACAAUAAAUCGAUACUAAGACACA